CUCAAUUCGACCAAUAUGAGGUACAUUACCACUGCUCUUUUACUAUUUUCUCACAGCCUUGUGGAGGCUCUGCCUCAUGAAUCCAACCAUGAGCAAACCUUGCACUGGGCCCCUUGCGAUCUCGACUUCCCGAACGCAACGGCGGAGUUGAUUAAAACGCCAGUCGACUGUGCCAAACUCCGCGUGCCAUUGGACUACACCUAUGUCGAUUCUGGGGAAACAAUCGAGCUGCAAUUGGUGAAGAUCAACGCGACAAAAAAGCCCGUCGAGGGCAGCAUCAUCUUCAAUCCCGGUGGGCCUGGAGGCUCCGGGGUUGAGGAGGUGUCUACAAAAGGGCCUAUGUACAGGGAGGUUUUUGGUGGACACUUCAACGUGAUCGGAUUCGAUCCUCGUGGCACUGGGAAAACCCUCCCCUUUUCCUGCGACCUGAAGCAUCUGGGAAAUGCAAAGCUGUCUCGUCGACUCGCCAAUUCAACCCUCCCCCAAGCCGACCUUUGGGGCCUGCUGAAGUCCAAAGCCUGGAGCGACGGCGGCUGGUUCGCCGACGCCUGCUACGACAGCCAGAAAGAUACCGGCCGAUACCUCAGCACGGCCUUCACGGCGCGCGACCUGCUCAACAUCGUCGACGCCCUCAACGAAGACGGCCAGCUGCGAUUCUGGGGCCGCUCCUACAGCACGACCCUCGGCCAGACCUUCGCCGCCAUGUUCCCCGACCGCGUCGGCCGCCUCCUUCUCGACAGCGUGCAAGACCCCCGCGACUACCACAGCGGCCAAUGGCUGGACUCCACGCGCGACACGCACAUCUCAUUACUCAACUUCUUCACGGAAUGCAUCCGCGGCGGUCCCUCGGUGUGCCCCUUCGCCAACUUCUCCGGCCCCUCCACCACGCCCCAAUCUCUGCUGUCCGAACUCACCACCGUCUUUCAAGAGCUCGUCGACAACCCCGUCUACCUUCACGAGGACUACCACUCCCUCUUUUCCCAGCCCUGGUGGCGCCCCGGCCCGCGCCCCCUCCUCCCCGAACUCAAAUACUUCUUCUUCAACUUCCUCUACCAACCCGCCUCCUUCGCCCAGCUCUCCCUUGUCACCUCCGUCGCCCUCUCCCGCAACUGGACCAGCUUCACCUCGCCGACGCCCGAGGUCCCCGUCCCGCCGAAAUGGAGCGAAGGAUCGCAAGCCUUCCACGGCAUCGCCUGCGCUGACAUGUCCCUGCGCGCGCAGUCACCCGAUGAUCUCUACUCGUUGGUGCAGGCGGAGCUCGAAACAGGCGGGUUCUCAGACGCCUUCAUGCCGCAGCUCUGGCCGUGCUACCAGUGGCGCAUGCAAGCGGUUGAGCAAUUUAAGGGCGAGUUCAAGAACAUUAACACGAGCUAUCCGCCGCUGUUUGUGAACGGCGCGUAUGACCCUGUCACGCCGCUUAGUGGGGCGUGGCGUGCCGCGUCGGCGUUCAAGGGCAGUCGGUUGUUGGUGCAUAAGGGGCAUGGGCACGGGGUGAUGAAUCAUCCGUCCGAGUGUACGAUCAAGGCGAUUGGAGCUUAUUUUGCGAAUGGGACGCUGCCGGAGCAUGGGACGGUUUGUGAGCCGAUUCAGCCGGCGUAUGAGCUUUGGGAGGAGGCGAAUGAGGCGUUGGAGGAGCAGCUUGAGCAGGCGGAUACUACUGUUUAG